AAAGGAUGCUCGUCAGCACAAGGCACAGCCAAACGGAUCAUGCUCUCUUCAACUUUCUCACUCUUCAUUUCUUUGCUCUAUCAUGGCCCAUCAUGAUUCAGUCAACCUUGUUCACUUCGGAGAUCAGACUGCCAACCUAGAUUCCUCCCUGCGAGCGCUGCUUCGCUCAGCCAAGCGCUUGCCCGACCUCGAACAGUUUCUACGACACAGUACCGAAGUCCUCCAAACUGGAGUCCGGACCUUACCCGUGACCAAGGCCUCGGUGGAUGAGCACAGGCCCGCAAUCGUCACCGUGCUCCUCACUAUCUGUCAACUAGGGUAUCUAUAUGUAUAUUUGGAACAGCAGCUGCCGGACUUCCUCCAAUCUGCAAAGCGGAUAAUGGUGGGCCUGUGUACGGGGAUGCUCCCAGCAGCGACAGCAGCAUGCAUCACCAAUGCAUCGGACGUCCUGAGGAUCGGACCUGAGAUCACUCGCAUAGCUUUUCGAUUGGGACUUUACGUCAGUCGUUGCUCACAUGCCCUCACAGUUGUUCAAGGCAGCUGGGCAGUGUCCGUCUCUGGCGUCACCGAAGAACAGCUACGGGGUGCCCUACAACAGUUUAAUGAGACUUGUACUGCUUCUCCAAUGCUACAACCCUACAUCAGUGUCAUCGCCAACUCGUCGUUUACUGUCGCCGGUCCGCCUUCUUCGCUGCAGGGCUUUGCAGACUUCAUGCAUGACUAUAUGCCUCGCGCUCGCAUAAUUUCAAUUCCCAUCUUCGCCGCGUACCAUUCUAGCCUUAUUUAUCCGGCCAUUCCUGAUUCAAUUAUUGGGAACUCUUCUCUUCUAGAUCAGCCGCGAAACCCCAAAUCAUCUCUCAUCUCCACCCACACUGGCCUUACAGUGCACGACGCUCUGACGCUGCGUAACUGCCUACACAUCGCCGUGCUUGACAUUCUGCAACACCUAGUGCAUCUAGUGACCGUGCUGAAAAGUCUCAGGACUCAAAUCCGGACAGACACAUCUCUCACGGUGCUGGGUCCGUCUAACGCAGUGCAUGCCCUAGAGCAUACGUUGAACCCAACCCAGACCCACCAUGUCCAGGUACCACAAUUGGAACAUCGCGGUGGCUUCGCGAUCAUUGGUAUGGCGGGACGAUUUCCUGGCGCCGAUAGCUUAAACACGUUCUGGGAGAUCCUCGAAAAAGGACUGGACCUCCAUCGACUGAUUCCUGCCAAUCGCGUCAGUACUGAAACCCAUUAUGAUAUCACUGGUCGGAUCCCUAACACUACUCUUACCCCUUACGGGUGCUUCCUAGAUAACACAGAUUUGUUUGACGCUCGUCUAUUCAACCUUUCUGCCAAGGAGGCGGCGGCAAUGGAUCCCUCCCAGCGGCUACUUCUGAUGACGACGUAUGAGGCGCUCCAAAUGGCCGGAUAUUCCCCCGGCCGCGGAUCCUCGGCCCGCGCUCAUCGCGUGGGCACCUUUGUCGGUCAGACCAGUGAUGAUUAUCGCGAAACCAACGCAGGCCAGGAUGUGGGGAUCUUCUGGACUCCCGGCAUCAUGCGCGCAUUCGGUCCGGGACGACUUAAUUACCAUUUCGGGUGGGAUGGCCCAAGCUAUAGUGUCGACACCGCGUGUUCAUCUAGUAUGGCGGCGAUAGAGAUUGCCGCGAUGGCCCUGAAAAACAAUGAGUGCGACAUGGCUGUCGCAGGGGGCGUGAACAUGAUGACCUCCUCUGACCCCUUCGCGGGGUUGAGUCGUGGCCGGUUCUUGUCCCCCACCGGGUCGUGCAAAACGUGGGACGCCGCUGCUGACGGCUAUUGCCGUGGGGAGGGAGUCGGUGUGCUGGUGAUGAAGCGCUUGGAAGACGCGAUUCGCAACCGAGAUCCUAUUCAAGCUGUGAUUCGGGGAAUAUCGACCAAUCAUUCCGCUGAUGCCAUUUCUAUCACCCAUCCCCAUGCUCCCACACAAGAACGAUUGUUCACUACGGUUUCUGAGGAAGCCGAUGUGGAGCCGACUGAGGUGGAUUAUGUGGAGAUGCAUGGAACAGGAACCCAGGCUAGGGACGUGGCAGAAACCUCAGCGGUUGCUCGGGCAUUUUCUUCACGCUCGAGAGACAGCUCGCCCUUGUAUCUCGGAGCUGUCAAAUCGAAUAUUGGCCAUGGCGAGUCUGCGUCCGGAGUAGCAUCAAUCAUCAAGUCUGUGCUGAUGUUUCAAAAAUCGAUCAUCCCGCCGCAUGUGGGAAUCAAGAAUGUCAUCAACCCAAACAUUCCCGCCGAGCAGUUUCGCGCUCUCAACAUCCAGAUUCCCAGGAUAAAGAUGCCCUUCCUUGCCGGCGCCAGGCCGCGGAAGAUUUUGGUGAAUAAUUUCAACGCAGCUGGUGGAAACACGACUCUACUAUUAGAAGAACACACGGCAGAACAAGCCGAAACCGGCGGUGGCCUGACACAAGAGCAUCGCUCUUCCCAGAUUGUGACGGUGUCAGCAAAGACACCGCAUGCUCUUAGAGGGAACAUGGACCGUCUGAUUCAGUUCUUGCAAGAACACCCCAAUACCAGUAUAUCAGACCUAGCCUACUCGACGACCGCUCGUCAAAUGCAUCAUCCACAUCGAAAAGCGUACACCGUUUCCACCGUUCAACAGCUCGUCUCUUUACUGAGCGAGCCUCUUGAUGAGACUUUGACUGCUGCCCAACAAGCCCCGGGUGCCGUCUUUCUUUUCGCUGGCCAAGGGCCACUCUACCAGGGUAUGGGUCAGCAGCUCAUGUACAGCAGCAAGCACUUCUUUGACAAGAUCCAGGAGAUCGACCAGAUGUGUCACAGUUCAGGCCUGCCGUCCAUUCUGCCGUGUCUAUCAGAUACCCAUCUCGAUUUUACCCAGACAAGCACUGUUCAGGAACAACUAGUCACUUUCGCCGUGGGUAUUGCCCUCGCCAGUCUCUGGCGUUCUUGGGGGGUCACUCCGCGGCUUGUCUGCGGGCAUAGUCUGGGCACAUAUGCAGCCCUGUGCAUUGCUGGUGUGCUUAGCUUACACGACUCGCUUUACUUGGUCGGGCAACGGGCUAGGCUUAUAGAGAAAUACUGCAAGCGAGGAAGCCACGCAAUGAUGGUGAUAAAAGUCUCUGCGGAAGAAGUUGAGAAUCUUCUGCUAGUCGGGACCUUCUCCUCUUGCGAGGUUUCAUGUUACAACAGCCCCAACUCUACAGUCGUAGGUGGCACCGUCGAGGAUAUCAGCUCCUUAGCCAGUUUUCUGAGCGCCAGCGACAUCCACCACGAAAUUUUGCGGGUCCCCUAUGCCUUUCAUUCGGCGCAACUCGACCAAUGCCUACAGUCCUUUGAAGCUCUGGCUCGACAGGUUCGGUUCAAUCGACCCGCUGUUCCUGUUGCAUCAACUUGUUUGGGCGUUGUCGUAUCCGAGCCGGGUGUUUUCUGCGCAGAAUAUUUGAGCCGACAGGCUCGACAACUGGUUCUCUUUGGUCAGGCUAUCCAAGCAAUCAUUUCGCGGGGCGACUACAAUGAGAAAUCAACGUUCUGGGUAGAUAUCGGCGCGCGUCCGUUUUGCGCGCCCAUGACCAAGUCGAUCCUAGGAAAGCAGUCCGUGCCGUCACUUCUGUCGAUGACUCCCAAUCAAAGCGACUGGCUCACACUCUCUCAGAGUGUCGCAAGGGCCUACAGUGCUGGUUUCGAGAUCGACUGGGAUGCGAUACAUCGAGAGCUCGAGACGCGCUUAAAAUUUCUGCCGUUGCCGCCCUAUUCUUUUGACCUCAAAAGUUAUUGGCUGCAAUACAGAGGGGACUGGUUGAUCACCAAACACAGCCCUACUCAUGGGCUGAAGUCUGCUUGGAGAUCAUUCGAGCCUACGUCCACGAUACAAAGAAUUGAAAAAGAAGAGCUCGUGGCGGGCGGGGGAACGAUUUCAUUUGUUUCCGACCUGAAUGACCCAAUUCUGCGAGCCGUGGUUACUGGACACCUAGUCAGACAAGUGGCCCUGUGUCCCAGCCCUGUCUACGCUGAUAUGGCGCUCACGGCGGCCACAUAUAUAUGGAACCGCACUGAGCCACACAGUGUACCUGCGAUGGAGAUCCAAGACAUGACGGUGCGACAACCGCUCAUUCUCGAAGGGCGUGAUGAGCUGUUGGCAUACAUCACAAUUUCCAAAGCUGCCAAGUCGCAUUCCGCCACGGUAGCCAUCAGUACGCGGUGCUACGCUGGAGACGACAUGGGUCAUGAGGCUAUUCAUGCACAAUGUGUGGUUAUCUUCGGCGACGGAAAUGAGUGGAUGGCGCAAUGGGCGAAGCAACAAUAUCUCAUUCAGAACCGGAUUCAUAGCUUGAAGACAGCAGCGCAGAAGGGAGAGAUCCACAAAUUGAAGCGCAGUAUGAUCUAUAGGCUGUUUUCAAGCUUCGUCAAGUAUAGCAAGCCAUUCCAAGGGAUGGAUGAGGUAUGGAUGAACUCCGACCUUUUCGAGGCUGCAGCCCAGAUUCGAUUUGCAUCAAUCACGACGAACAGCAAGUUUACCCUCUCCCCCCAUUGGCUUGACAGUCUCAUACACCUUUCCGGAUUUAUCCUUAAUGUGAGCGAGGCCAUCCCAGAGGAUACGGUGUAUAUCUCGCAUGGCUGGAAAAGCAUGCGCUUUGCCACUUCGAUUUCGGCGACCGGGCAUUAUCAGGCAUAUGUCCACAUGCAGGAGUCGCAAGCAUCUGGGGACAAGGAUGUCAUGUCGGGUGACGUAUACAUUCUCGAGCAGGACGGCAAUCGCGUUAUUGGCCUUGUGACCGAUGUCGGAUUCAAGGCAGUCAAGAGGAGGCUUUUGGAUGUUCUGCUGCCUUCAACUCGAGCAGCGCUGGCAAUAGCAAAACCUGAACAAAGAAAAUCGCGUACCUUAGAAGCUGCGGAUCAUCCGAGAACUGAUGAAACCCCCUUUGCAAGACUAAGGGCCUGCAUCUCUGAUGAAACAGGGGUUCCAGUGAAUGAGUUGACUGAAAAGACUAAUCUGGCCGAGAUCGGGCUUGAUUCUUUGCUUUCCUUUGCAGUGGUCGCCCGGUUGCAAAAAGAGCUACAAGUCGAGAUCAGUAGGUCAGCACUUAUCUCUAGUAAAACCCUUGGUGAUCUCCGCCCGUACCUUCAGGCGAAAAAAUCAGGCGAUGAUGGCGAUGAACAGGUCGACCAAAAUUCUUCGGAAGAAGGCACUGGGAUCCUCACACCGACAACGAGCAUUGCGAAAGAGCCCACAGACCUUUUCCAGGCAUUUAAGUCCGUGAUUUUGGUUGAGAGCGAGGUGGAUCCCUGGGAUGUUGUCAUCUCGGGCACGAACUUCGCUGAUCUGGGUAUCGACUCCCUACUGGGUCUCGCUAUCCUCAAUGCUUUCCAGAACCAGAGCGGCUGUAGGCUUCCUCACUCGUUCUUCUCAGACUAUCCGACCUUUGCAGACGCCGAAAGGUACUUCCAUUCCCGGUCGUCGACAUCGCUUCCGAGAUUUCCUCUGCCAGUCGGCAUCUCCCAAGACAAGGUACAAUCGCCGGCCGCUGUCUGCCAGUCUGUACAGUUGCAAGGCGACUCCGCAUACAAUGGUCCUGCUUUAUUCUUGCUUCUAGAUGGAUCGGGCUCAGCAGGGUCAUAUGCCGGGAUACCUGCUCUGGGUUCUGGGCGGUAUUCCGGUCUCCGCGUUUGGGGACUCAACAGUCCCUUUGUGAGAUGCACCCAGCCGUUCGAUAUUUCUUUAACCUCAAUGGCCAAGGUGUAUGUCACCGAGAUUGUGAGAUUGGAUCCUAACGGACCAUAUUUGCUAGGUGGAUGGAGCGUUGGAGGCAUUCUAGCCUUCGAAGCAGCCCCACUUCUCCGCGAGCUGAACAGAGUCGUGCAAGGCCUUUUCCUUAUAGACGCCCCCUGCCCUGGAACGAUUCCACCUCUGUCGCAGGAAACAAUCCAGCUACUUGCCCGGCUUGGGCUCAUCACCAGCAAAGAAUUGCAACCGCAACCACGACCGCAACUGCAGCAGCAGUGGCGGCGGCCCGGGCGAGAAGAAAGCAUUCGUGCGCAUUUCAUGGGCACCAUUCAGGCGCUAAAGCCAUAUAGUCCCCUACCAAUCAGGGAGGAUGACGUUGAUGAUGCACCACCACUGCCCAGAUGUCUGACUCUUUGGGCGAGCGGUGGUGUAUGGGAAACCAUUGAGAAAGCCAAAGGCGCAGCAGCAGCCGCCAGCAUGCGGGUGGCGAUAGGAGAUGAUCACGAUACUGCUACUCCUGCUCAUCGUUGGAUCAUGGAGAAAAGAACUACGACUGACUUGGGAGGUGGUGGUGGGUGGGAGGCGCUCUUACCUAGAGUUGACGUAGAGGUGGUAUCUGGAGACCAUUUUACAAUCAUGAGAUCGCCACAGGUUAAUGAAGUUACGAAGCUUGUGUCACAUUACAUCGAGGAAUUCUUGGACUAG